CAGUGAGAAGGCGAUGCCCGCCCGACACGACGCGCACGCCCAGGAGGGACGGACUCUGUAGGGCAAGAUGGCGCCGUCUGCUGUACUGCGCCCGUUUUCGCGGCUGCUGGCCCCGGCCAGGUUCCCGAGCUGCUCUUCAGUGCGGUCAAAGUUCUACGUCCGGGAGCCAGUCAAUGCCAAACCUAACUGGCUGAAAGUUGGGCUGACCUUGGGCACCUCGGUUUUCCUGUGGAUUUAUCUCAUCAAACAACAUAAUGAAGAUGUUUUGGAGUAUAAAAGAAGAAAUGGAUUGGAGUAAACUUUGGAGAUAUUAAUAUAGUCUACUUCAUAUGCUGGAGUCCAUUCCUCCGGAUUCAUCCGUCUGUUGAGUUGUGGCUAUGAGGGGAAAGUAUAUGUAAAUAUGUAUCAGUCAAGUUAACGUGGAUUUUACUUUAUUAAAUAAAAGUACUUAUGUUCUUCA